GCUGGCUUCAUCACAGCUACGACCAUGAGCUACCACAACGAGGAAGAAGAGGAAGGAGACACCAACGAUUGCUUCUACGAGUCUCUUGAUCGUUUAGCUUCUUCCUCUUCUUGCUCUUGUUCCGCUUCUAACUCUGAUUACGAUUCCGAAUCCUCUCCUCGGAUCUCCUCCGCCGCUUCUCAUGACUCUGAAGAACUCAACGGUGGUGGUCGUCGCCGUCGAUAUCCAUUCCCAGUUCCUCGGUUUCCAAUGGGAGCCUCGAAGUUCGACGUUUGGAUCUCUGAACCUGCUUCUGUCUCUGAGAGGCGUUCCAAGCUUUUAAACGAAAUGGGUCUUAGCCGUGACCCGGUUCUCUCUCGGUUAAAACCCGUUUCGGAGUCCAGCUCCAAAGAAACCGGAGCCGGCAGCUUCGAGAUUUCCCGAUCGAUCUCGUGUAAUCAAUUGGCUCGGCGAGAUCAUGGAGAGUGUUCUGAAACUGUCGGCGGUUGUGCUUCUUGUAUCGUGAGAUCGAAAUCCGACAUUACCACUAGCCAAUGUGGUGAUCGUGAACGUCGAUAUACGUCUCUUGGUAAUUCUUGUUCUUGUUCAGUCUCUAAACUCUCUGUUCAUCAUCCUUCACAUUCAGAGAUCAGUAGAACCAGCCCACCAUUUGUGAAAUGCAGUUUGGGAUCAGUUAGUGCUGAUUCGUGUGAGAAUUCAUUGCGGUUAAAUGGAGAUACUGAUUGUGUACUGAGCGAGAGUGUAGUGAAUGAGGAAGUGGAAGUGUGUACUAUAAAGAAUCUUGAUAAUGGGAAAGAAUUUGUGGUGAAUGAGAUUCAAGAAGACGGUACAUGGAAAAAGGUGAAGGAAGUGGGAACUGGAACACAGAUGACGAUGGAGGAGUUUGAGAUGUGUGUUGGGCAUUCUCCCAUUGUUCAGGAGCUUAUGAGAAGACAGAACGUUGAGGAUUCUGAUAAGAACACGUCUAAGGAAAACGAAGACAGUGGGAAUAGUAAUAAGGAUAAUGCAUCUAAGUCUAAGAAGAAAGGAAGUUGGUUUAAGAGCAUAAAGAGUGUUGCAAGUAGUAUGACUGGUCAUAGCAAAGAGAGACGAAGCAGCGAUGAUAGAGAUACAUCGUCAGAGAGAGGUGGUCGGAGGUCGAGCUCUGCUACUGAUGAUUCUCAGGAAUCUUCUUUUCACGGGCCAGAAAGAGUUAGGGUUAGACAGUAUGGGAAAUCAUCUAAAGAGCUCACGGCAUUGUACAAGACGCAGGAGAUUCAAGCGCAUAAUGGUUCUAUUUGGAGCAUUAAGUUUAGUUUGGAUGGUAAAUAUCUUGCUAGUGCUGGUGAGGAUUGCAUCAUUCAUAUCUGGCAAGUCGUCGAGGCUGAGAAGAAGGGAGAGUUGCUACUUGAUAGACCGGAACUGUUGCUUUUGGCUAAUAAUGGGUCUCCAGAACCAACUACUAUGUCACCAAGGAGAAGAGGGAGAACUUCUAUAAGUAGAAAGUCAUUGAGUUUAGAGAACAUAUUUGUUCCAGAUUCUCUUUUCGGGCUUUCGGAAAAGCCCUUUUGUUCCUUUCAGGGACAUGUGGAUGAUGUACUUGACCUUGCUUGGUCCAAGUCUCAGCAUUUGCUUUCUUCAUCAAUGGAUAAAACAGUUCGUUUGUGGAACUUGUCCAGCCAGACUUGCUUGAAAGUAUUUUCGCACAGUGAUUACGUGACUUGCAUCCAAUUUAAUCCGGUCGAUGAUAGAUACUUCAUCAGCGGAUCCUUAGAUGCAAAAGUUCGCGUCUGGAGCAUUCCAGAUCGUCAAGUAGUUGACUGGUAUGAUCUUCAUGAGAUGGUCACUUCUGCUUGCUACACUCCAGAUGGUCAGGGUGCGUUGGUUGGUUCAUACAAAGGUAGCUGUCGCAUGUAUAGUGCAUCAGAUAACAAGCUGCAACAGAAAAGCCUGAUAAAUUUACAGAACAAGAAGAAGAAAGCUCAUCAAAAAAAGAUAACUGGUUUCCAGUUUGUGCCUGGGAGCUCAUCUGAAGUGCUUGUCACAUCUUCCGAUUCAAGGAUCCGUGUUGUUGAUGGAACUGAUCUAGUUAACAAACUUAAAGGGUUUCGGAAUACGAGCAGCCAGAUAUCUGCCUCAAUCACAGCAGAUGGGAAAUACGUAGUUUCAGCGAGCGAGGAUUCGCAUGUGUACAUAUGGAAAUACGAAUCCCCUGCUUCUCGGCCAAGCAGAAGUAACAACAACAAGAACGUGACGGUCACAAACUCUUACGAGCAUUUCCAUAGCCAAGACGUCUCUGCAGCCAUCUCAUGGCCCGGAAUGGCUUCAACAGAAAACUGGGGAACUCAAAACAGAGCCGGGUUUAACGGAAACACCAAUAAUUUGGACAAUGUCUCCACAGCUAACCAUCCGCCUACACUGGUAGACCAGCCGGGGACAGUGGACCGAUUAAACAGUCCACGAAACGGGAUCAUUUCAAGCACAACAAACGGAUACUUUUUCGAUAGAAUGUCAGCGACUUGGCCUGAAGAGAAACUGUUGUUUGGAAGGAACAGAAGUGGGAAUCGUUUGAGUACGGAUUUGUCGUCGUCAAAUGGAAACUCAGGGAAUGUAUCAGCUUCUUGGGGAAUGGUGAUUGUCACUGCAGACCAAAAAAUGGGGAGGAAGAGAAAGCACAGCGAGACUGUUGCGGCGGCACCGGUGAAGCAGAACGAUUCUGCUCCGGAGAGACCUAAAAGGACUCUUUUGGGUUGGAAAGAUAAGAACGAAGAUGCUGAGGACUCUAAACCUGCGUCUGUAUUCAGGAAUAAAGAGAAGGUUCUCGUUACUUGUUCCCGUCGCAUCAGUUUCAGGUAUCGGCAUUUGAUGUUGAACAUGGUGUCACUUUUACCUCACUGUAAGAAGGAUAGUAAGGUGGAAGCUAAGAGCAGUAGAGGUGCCACUCUUAAUGAGCUCAUCGAGCUUAAGGGCUCUUCUUCCUGUUUGUUUUUCGAGUGUAGGAAGCACAAAGAUCUUUACAUGUGGAUGGUCAAGUCCCCUGGUGGACCUUCCGUUAAGUUCUUGGUUAAUGCUGUUCACACAAUGGAGGAGCUGAAACUCACUGGAAAUCAUCUGAAAGGUUCACGCCCACUUCUGACAUUCUCAUCCAAUUUUGAAAAAGAUGCACACUGGAAACUUCUGAAAGAGAUGUUAACUCAGAUUUUUGGAAUUCCCGAGGGACAUAGGAAGUCUAAACCUUACCAUGACCAUGUGUUUGUUUUCUCCAUUGUUGAUGACCAUAUAUGGUUCCGUAAUUACCAGAUAUCAGUACCUCAUAACGAGUCAGACAAGAUUGCACGAGGCGAUCUGGAUAAAAUGACUCUUAUUGAGGUUGGUCCAAGGUUUUGUUUAAAUCCAAUUAAGAUAUUUGGAGGCAGCUUUGGAGGUCCAACGCUUUACGAGAACCCAUUCUAUGUAUCUCCAAACCAGUUUAGGAAGCACAAAGAUCUUUACAUGUGGAUGGUGAAGUCCCCUGGUGGACCUUCCGUUAAGUUCUUGGUUAAUGCUGUUCACACAAUGGAGGAGCUGAAACUCACUGGAAAUCAUCUGAAAGGUUCACGCCCACUUUUGACAUUCUCAUCCAAUUUUGAAAAAGAUGCACACUGGAAACUUCUUAAAGAGAUGUUAACUCAGAUUUUUGGAAUUCCCGAGGGACACAGGAAGUCUAAACCUUACCAUGACCAUGUGUUUGUGUUCUCCAUUGUUAAUGACCAUAUAUGGUUCCGUAAUUACCAGAUAUCAGUACCUCAUAACGAGUCAGACAAGAUUGCACGAGGCGAUCUGGAUAAAAUGACCCUCAUUGAGGUUGGUCCAAGGUUUUGUUUAAAUCCAAUUAAGAUAUUUGGAGGCAGCUUUGGAGGUCCAACGCUUUACGAGAACCCAUUCUACGUUUCUCCAAACCAGAUUCGAGCUUUGGAGAAAAGAAAUAAAGCUGGGAAAUUUGCUAAGAAAAUCAAGGCGAAAACAAGAAGAAAGAUGCAUGAACUCUCAAACCCAUUGGAGCCUGAUGAAUUUACAGACAUGUGGAAUGAUGAAUGAUAAAAUUCGUUUUUUUUGGUGUUGUAAACUUCCAAAUUCACAGAAUCAACACAAUUUUGUCUUUAUUGCUUUUUACUCUGUUUUCUUCUCUCCCUCUAUCUAUCAAAAAGUGAGAUUCUUUUCUUGCAAAUUAACACAGAGUUCUCUAAGUAAAGACUGCAUCUUUAC